CGCGGGGCGUGGCCCUCACUUCCGGCGCCACUUCCGCCGCCAUGCCGAUGAAGGGUCGUUUCCCCAUCAGACGGACGUUGCAGUACCUGAGCCAGGGCGAUGUUAUCUUCAAGAGCUCGGUGAAGGUGAUGACUGUGAACUACAACACGGCGGGGGAGCUGAGCGAGGGGGCGAGAAAGUUUGUGUUUUUCAACAUCCCUCAGAUCCAGUACAAGAACCCCUGGGUGCAGAUCAUGCUGUUCAGGAACAUGACCCCCUCGCCAUUCUUGCGGUUCUACCUGGACAAUGGAGAACAAGUUUUGGUUGACGUGGAAGAUAAAACCAACAAAGAGAUAACUGAGCACAUUAAAAAAAUCUUGGGGAAAAGCAAAGAAACACUUGAAAAAGAGGAAAGAGAAAGGAGAAAACAAUCACAUCCGGCAACUUUUGGGCCCAAGAAGUAUCAUCUACGAGAAUGCAUGUGUGAAAUUGAAGGCCAAGUUCCCUGCCCAGCUUUUGUGCCACUGCCCAAAGAGAUGAGAGGAAAGUACAAAGCUGCUAUGAAAAAUGAAGCAUCAGCCUGAUAUCUCAAAUCAUGCCGUUGUUUUUCCACAGGGCUGCAUGGUACUUAGUGACAGACAAGAGCUAACAGCUCCAGGAAACAGGAAAGUUCAUGUAAUACAGGCAGCCUUCUCUCAUAAGUCUUCUUAGAGCUACAGCUUCAAUAAUUAAAGUGAAAAAUAAA